AUGGAACCAAAAGCAUCAGGCAAGCGAUACAAGACAAAUGCUCAGGAGAAUGCAACCCCACCAAUUGAUUAUUUUGAUUCAGACAUUUCUGACAAUGAUAUUUUCAUCAAUGAAGAUGCCAAACAAAGAUUUAUAAAGAACUUCUCAUCUAAGAGUGCACACUCUGAGAGGGGAUUCAUUUUCAGCCAAGAAGAAAAGGAUUUGGGCCUGCCUGAUGAGAUCGAUCGCAUCAUAGUCAGUGUAGAUGAGUAUGAUUUGGAAGUUCUGAGGGAUUCUUUGUGUUUGGAAGGAAUGACUUGGUCAAUAGUGCAAAAAUCAGCAAAAAAAAAUGGUGAUGAGGAUGCAAUUAAGCCUUAUAAACCACCUAUUCCGUAUCCUCAAAGACUCGCAAAUUCUAAAACCGCAGGGCAAUUUAGGAAAUUUGUUGAACUUCUGAAGCAACUGAAUAUUACAAUUCCCUUUACAGAAGUCAUCACGCAAAUGCCCUCAUAUGAUAACGAAACAGUUACACUUACUGCUGAGUGUAGCGCAAUAAUCCAAAAUAACAUGCCUCCCAAACUAAAGGACCCAAGUAGUUUCUCCAUACCCUGUGUCAUUGGAAAGUUCGUCAUAGACAAAGCUCUAUGCGACCUAGGAGCCAACAUUAGUGUAAUGCCCUUAACCAUCUGUAAAAGGCUCAACAUGGGAGAACUAAGACCAACCAAGAUGUCUGUCCAACUAGCUGACCGCUCAAUCAAAUAUCCUGUUGGUAUACUAGAGAAUGUCCCAGUACGUGUAGGACAAUUCUACAUUCCUACAGACUUCAUAAUCAUGGACAUCAAAGAAGAUGCCAGUACACCUAUUAUAUUAGGAAGGUCAUUCUUAGCUACCGCCAGAAUCAUAAUAGACGUGAAAAGAGGUAAGCUAACAUUCGAAGUUGGAGAAGAAAAGGUUGAAUUCAUCUUGACACAAUUCUUACAAGCGCCAGCUAUAGAUGAUACC